AAGGAAAAAGCAUAUCAUAAAUUGAAAAUAUAAACACCUACCUAUUUAUAUGUAUGUAUAUUUCAAGCUAUUUAAAUGACGUAAAUCAUUUUAUGCAUUUAUUGUCCAUUUUUUAAAUUAAUAAUAAUUCAUUUAUGACAAUAAACGAAUGCACACGCCCCUCCAAAAAAUCCUUUCGUUACACUACUAACCCACAUAUUGAUAACUAAAUACUAAAUGAAUCUGUGGGCCACAGCACAGGUUGAUUUCUGAGAAUUCUGGCUUAUGAAUCAGAUUAUAAUUCUUAUGAUCCAUUAAUUUAGAUCAAAUGACCAUAAAGGAUCCACUUCACUUCUGGUAUAAAACUAAAGCUUUUCCAGACAGAGGAUCAAAAACCAUUUUGCCAAUUAAUAUCUUUAGCCCUUGGAAAAAUGUCGAGCAAUUCACUAUACCUCGUCGCCAUCAUCGCUUUUGCGAAUUUCUUGUCCACCCAGGGAUACAUCUGCAAUACUCCGGACGAAUGGUUGUUUCCCACCAAUAAUGGGACGAGAAGCUUCCGCCCUUGGACAAAAUGGCCUGGCGGAGUGGUCAAGUAUGAAUUCCACUCAAGUCUGAGUGCCAACGAUAGGACCGAAGUCCAAAAAGCAUUUAAUGAAUACCAUCAGAAAACUUGUAUCCGCUUCGUCGCCCGAUCUCCAGGAGAGGCGGCGUACGUAAGUAUCGAGGUUGACAACGAAGUGUGCGGGGUGGCCAACCUUUGUCGUACUGGGGGAUACCAAUUCGCCCGAUUUGGGGGAUCAUGUCGCACAUCAAACGUUAUGGUGCAUGAACUUGGACACAGCCUUUGCAUGGGGCAUGAACAAUCCCGACCGGAUCGGGACAACUUUAUCCACUUUCCGGGCUGUGCUGCCAACGAUAUUCCCGGAAAGGAUACAAGUAACGAUGUGCUAAAUUCCAUGUAUGAUUUUGCAAGUCAAAUGCACUACCAGUGCUAUUGGUGUUUGGGUGGGUAUCCAAGAAAUACGAAUGUGGAAAAGUGUGGAAGUGAUGUUACUCCAGGCCUCAGUGUGCUGGAUGCGAAUAAAUUGAAUGAAUAUUACGACUGCGGAGGCUGCCACUCGUACAGAUUCCGAAAUUUCCAGCUAUUAUCAGCUGCAGAUAGGUCGGCAUUGCUUCCUGGGGGAUCUGAUCCAUAUGUAUCUGGACCAACCUACGUCUGUCGAGGUCUUCACCCCUCAGGAGACAUCAUUCCUGGCGUAUUUAAUAUUCAUUCCUCAACUUGUUACGUGUCCUAUGGGAAUGUGGAAGUCGCUCUUAAGGCAGGAGACGCACUUACAAAUCCGAAAGGCGUUGGAUUUAGUUGGGUACAACGACCAGGUACGUAUAUUCCAAGUAAUGCAAUAGCCGGUGGGAGGACACGCCAAGGCGAGACUUUGUAUAUUGGUCGUUCCCAAAUUAGUGUUAAUGGACAAAUUGCAACAGUUCCGGGGAAAAUUCAUGCAAAUUUUCCAGGUUAUGCGUAUUUCUCAUAUAAUGGGAAGGAGUAUAAAGUCACCAGUUUCGAAAUAUUGGUGUGCAACUAAAAAAUGUAGUUUGAUGAACAGCAUGAUAUAAAUAAAUAUGUACCAAUUAUCAGAUACAAUUUGCGUCUUUCUUUUUGGGUAAACAUUUUUUUAUGUGCUAUAACAUAGCGAUGUUGGUUUUUCGCAAAAACUGGGAGUAACGACCUGGAAAUUAAUUGUGUUACUGCAUUGGGAUGCUGACCUCACCAUGCCUGGAAUGUGAAACCUGACACUGUCUGCACUUUUUCUCAGUGUACGAUGAAUUACAAACGACCGACUUGCUCUCGUAUAUAGUAUUAAGCACUGUAUGUAUUUAGCCUGUAUUGGGAUGCCGAGUGCUACUUGUGGAUGAUGCCCACAACUGGAUACUUACUUUACUUCACUAUGUAUUUGGCAAAACGUGAUUUAUACUGACCUUACGAGCAACUUCGCACCACCACAAAACUAUAUUGAGAAUAUGAAUUGUACAAAGCGCACGUCUCCGGUUACGUUGUUAGAUAUUACCUUGUAAUGUUUUAACAUAUAAGAUCUUGUAACUGUAUAAAACUUUGUCAUGUAAGUUGUAAUGAUAAUAAUCUUGUAUUAUUUGUCCUGAUUGAACUUGUCAAAUUGGAUAGUUAUACUCAUUGAUCGAAUUUGGUAAUAUGUAUUUGUCGUUUUGAAAAAUUGAAAUUUCAUAUGUAACCCGUUGUACGUUGCUGUUGUUAAAGUUAUUCAUGUACCUUUAUGGGCCUUAAGGCCUGCACAAAGGCUGCUAAUAAAUCAAUCAAUCAAAUCAAUCAUAGCGAUGUUGGCACGUAUGUAUGCACAGGUAUAUAUUUACAUUUGCAUAUAAAUGCGCGUGCAUGUCUCAUGUAUCUAGUUAAGGUGCUAUCAUCAUUGUUCACGCCAUCUUAACCUUAUAUUUUGCAUGGACGAAUUGAGCAAUGCGUCCAUUUUUGAUCUGAUGACCCUAUCAGAAAAUCUCUUUCCGUGUAGUUGCGUUACAAGAAAGAGGAGCAGCAAACUUGUCGACUCAGACCUGUGACCUUACGACAAAAACCAAGGAAUGCUUGACACGAGGUCGAGUCAAAUACGUUCAAUUUUCUUAUACUGGGUAUACGAUUCGAUAUUGCUCGGUGUCGUUGAUUUUUCGCAAAAACUGGGAGUAACGACCUGGAAAUUAAUUAGAAACGAGAAUGUUUUAUUCCGUUAACUAGACAUUGUUUAGGAUCAUGUUGAAUAAUAGCCUUUCCUCAAUUACAUGCAUAUACAUACGUAGUUCCCCUGAUCAGAAUUACCAUUGAAUUGCAUUUAUCUAUAAUUUUCCUCAGUACCGCAUAAAUACUGAUCAAGUAAAGAGCUGUAAAAAUAAAAUUCAACAUGUCUCAGCUACUAAAGUUAACAAUUUUGCUGGUGCAACUCUAUGCCGUUACCAGUCUUCCGGUCGCCUUCCCUCAAGAUGACGGUGAAGAAGCGCCAGGCGUUCCUAGCGCGGCGGAAACGGCGCAAACCUUAGAAGGGGUGGGCACUCUGGUGAACGGAAUUCUUCAAGGCGUUGCCGCCCUUCCCGUUAUAAAUUUCCAAAAUCCAUUCAAAUCAGCGACCACCCCCGUACCGGUAACUCCACCGCCGAAAGCGCAACCUCCAAGUGUUCAGGUCAUCUCGCAGGGCAGUUUAGAUCAGCUCCUGGCAGCGCUGGGGACAGCAACCCCGGCCGUCGUGGCGGCAACUGCCGCGCCCGCAGUCGUAGUCACCACCCCGGUCGAAGAGGAAGAUGACGAUGAUGAUUUGGAAGCCAAGUUUUAAAUAAAUCUGCAGUUUUUUUGGGAUUAUGAAA